AUGCCUAGUCAGGAUAGCAUUCUGGGGGCUUCUCCCCUUAUGGACCCUCGUUUUGCCAUGAUGUUCGCUCCUUCUGUUAAUGGCAAUGAUUCUCAGUAUCUUGGUCCCACAGUUGCUGCUCUUUCCCUCCCUCACACUCUUGAGUUUGUUCUUGACAGUGGUGCUACUGACUCUGUCUUUUGUGAUGCUGGUGUGCUUCGCUCUUUUCCCGUCCCCUCCAUUCAAGGGGCUGGGGAUACCAUGUACAUGACUUGCACCGCUACAUCUUCUCUUCCUUGUCCUGCCUACCCCUCUGGUGCUGUGACUGGCCUCUAUGUUCCUUCCUGCCGCCACAACCUUCUUUCUCUCUCUGCUCUCCAACGUCUUUGUAUGCAAGCUAUCUUUCCUGAAUGUGACUCCUACUGUGAUCUCUAUCACCGCAACCGCCAUCUUGCACGCUUCACUCUUUCUCCUAUCAAUCGCCUCUACACUCUUUGUGUCUCUCUUCCCUCCUCUGCCCAUCAUGCCUCUUCCGCUUGCGCCCCUCUCGUUCCCUCCUGCGAAUGUCGCUCUCUUGUUCAACCUACUCUUCUCCUUCGCCAUCGACUUGGCCACCCCGACUCUCCUCUUCUUCGCAGCCAAACUCUCCCAGUCACCUCAUCCCUCUUCUCCCUCUGCCUCUCCCCAACCCCUUGA